UUUUUUUUUUUCAAAAAUAAAAGGAAAAGACUUUUUAAAACGCAUCCUACUUAAAAUGCAUUUGUCAUCAAUCUAGUUAAAACAAAAUGUCCAGGCAGUGCUGAGCCAGGCUGUUCGAGAAAUGUUUGCUCCACUGCACCUCCAAAGCAAGCCGGGAGGUGCAGACCUGUCUUUUUAUUCUGUUGGAAGAAUGUUGAAUGUAUCCACAAAGUUUAGCAUGAGUAUCAGUAUGAAGAGUAAAUGACAGUGCCAUCAGCAUAUAACUUAUCUGCUCAUAAAGAAUAUAAUAAUGUGAAGACUUGAAUCUUGUGGGAGUUCCCUCUGGACUUGAAGUAGUCAUCUAUGCACAUAAACACAUCAUAACCACCUAUGACUUGUGUUUUUGUGUCAGUAAAUCACAGAGGGAGGCGAAAUGCAAAGCACUCUUUUCAUUAUGAAACGUUUUACUGUGACUGUGAGUCGCUCUAAUGAGAAACAAGUCCUGAAGACGCCAUAUUAAAAGCAUCAGAGCUAACUAGCUUAAUUGAAAGACCCAGCGUACCGCCUCAGUGCUUCACAAUGUGUGACCUUUGCGUAGUUUAAAUUACACUCAGACUGAGUCCUUUUAAUUGUUGACAUUUAACCAAACAAACUUAAGUUUUCCGCUGCUAAAAAGCACCAAGUAGGCAUUAAUAUUCAGCUGAGAAACGAGCCACGGGUUCGUCAAAAACAAACCUGACAAAUGCUUGAGUAAAGGUUAAGUGCACAACAAAGUUAAGAUUUCAGUGUUGGAAGUGAAAGAGCCCAGAGUUUUUUCUCUUUCUGAGUAAAUCCAAAUGAGAACCUGACAGUGUUUUCUAUUACUUUUUCCUUCUUACAGUUAAUACUUGGAUGAUGAGCGGGACGUCAGCCUCUGACACGUUCAACUUGGAGCCCACCAUUACCUGGCAGAGGAGGCUCUGCAACGAGUCCCGUCUCCGGUGGGAGGUGGAGGUCUGCGGGGAAGACUUCAAGAGGGACAUGGCUCACGUAGACCCGGAGCAAUGGUGCAACCUCACAUACUUCAUGAGCGAGUAUCACCUCUUCACGCUCUGCACAGAGACGAAGUCCCACAGCGUCGACUGCUACUGGCCCAACCCGCUGGUAGAGAGCUACAUCAUCCACAUACACAAGCACUUUUUCUCCAACUGCACCGUAGAGGAGGUGAUAUGGAUGGACCCGCCGGACGACACACUCACCGUCCUCAUCCUCGUACCGGUUUUCCUCACCUUGGCCAUGAUUGCUCUGGUGGUCUGGUGCAGCAAAAGGAGCGAUCUGCUGGCGUAGGACACGAGAACACAAGAUGGAGAGGAAAAACUCAAA